AUGGCUACUCUUGAUGAACUCGAUCACCAGUUUACGAGGGACCUCAACGCUGCUGUUGUGCUCCUCGAACAAGACGAAUUCGAGAAGUGUAACGAGGCCUUGCGCAGUCUGAUCGCUGACUCUGCUAUGCCUCGUUAUCACCGCAUCAAAUGUUUCACGGUGCUUGCGGGUCUUCUGGAUGACUUCCAUGAAGCAUACGUCUUUUACGUCAAGGGCGAAACCCUUUGGCGUAUUACGAAGCAAUGGCAUGGUAACGAUCCAAAUCCGGCUGUGAAAAAGGCGCUGGAUGAACUUCACGAGGGCUUGGAAGAGAUGAGGGAAGCUUUGGUCAACGACGAGGAACGGCCCGACGACACACCAAUCCCGGACGUUGAGGCAGAUGUGCUUCGUACCCUAGAAUUUUACUACGCCAGAGUGGAGGAGGAUCGUGAGAUCGCGGAGGCAGAGGGAGAGACGUGGUCAGAGGACGAGAUGAGCGACGAGGACAUGGGCGGCGGAGAGGAAGUGAGCGACAAGGAAACGAAGGUCGAGGUCGAGCAGAAGUCGGGCGACAAAGAGGAGAGCGAUGCGCAGAACGUUGGCGAAAAAGAGACAGCGGUACAGGGCAAAGAACCAAAGGACGAGAUGGUAUGUCUGGAAGGUGUUGCUGUUGAAGGGUUCUAUUAA